CAACUGUAUAAAACCAGGCAUCUUUGAGCUAAACGGCACCUCACGGGCUGUAUUUACGUGGAAAUACUUCUGCUCUCGUAACUUUUCAAUAUGCGUGAAAUUGUCCACAUUCAAGCCGGACAGUGCGGAAACCAGAUCGGCGCUAAGUUCUGGGAGGUGAUUUCGGACGAGCAUGGUAUCGACCCCACUGGCACAUACCAUGGAGAUUCUGACCUCCAGCUGGAGAGAAUCAACGUCUAUUACAAUGAAGCCACUGGUGGCAAGUACGUGCCCCGUGCCAUCCUUGUGGAUCUCGAGCCCGGCACCAUGGAUUCCGUGAGGUCCGGACCGUUUGGACAAGUGUUCCGACCUGACAACUUCGUGUUCGGACAGAGCGGCGCCGGCAACAACUGGGCUAAGGGCCACUACACAGAGGGCGCUGAGCUCGUCGACUCCGUCCUUGACGUUGUACGCAAGGAAGCAGAGAGCUGCGACUGUCUGCAAGGAUUCCAGCUGACACAUUCCCUCGGCGGCGGCACCGGGUCCGGCAUGGGCACUCUGCUCAUUAGCAAGAUUCGUGAGGAAUACCCCGACAGAAUCAUGAUGACUUUCUCUGUCGUACCAUCACCAAAGGUGUCCGAUACAGUCGUUGAACCUUACAAUGCCACCCUGUCCGUUCACCAGCUGGUCGAGAACACGGACGAAACAUACUGCAUCGACAACGAAGCUCUCUACGACAUCUGCUUCAGGACGCUCAAACUGACCACCCCGACCUAUGGUGACCUGAACCAUCUCGUCUCUGCCACAAUGUCAGGUGUAACCACAUGCCUCCGAUUCCCCGGUCAGCUGAAUGCCGAUCUACGUAAACUGGCCGUCAAUAUGGUGCCCUUCCCCCGUCUCCACUUCUUCUUGACUGGUUUCGCCCCUCUUACCUCUCGUGGCAGUCAGCAGUACCGUGCCCUCACCGUCCCCGAGCUCACUCAGCAGAUGUUCGACGCGAAAAACAUGAUGGCCGCCUGCGACCCGCGUCACGGCAGGUAUCUGACUGUAGCCGCCAUGUUCCGUGGACGCAUGUCGAUGAAGGAGGUCGACGAGCAGAUGCUGAACGUCCAAAACAAGAACAGCAGCUAUUUCGUUGAAUGGAUUCCAAACAACGUGAAGACAGCUGUCUGCGACAUCCCGCCUCGCGGUUUGAAAAUGUCCGGUACGUUCGUGGGUAACAGUACUUGCAUCCAGGAGCUGUUUAAGCGCAUCUCUGAGCAGUUCACCGCCAUGUUCCGGCGCAAGGCUUUCCUCCACUGGUACACUGGCGAGGGCAUGGACGAGAUGGAGUUCACUGAGGCGGAAUCGAACAUGAACGACCUAGUGUCCGAGUACCAGCAGUAUCAGGACGCCACCGCCGAGGAGGAGGGAGAAUUCGAUGAGGAAGACGAAGACGAACAACAUGGAACUAAGGACGAGUACUGAACAAAAUCCGAAUAAAACAUAAACAAUAAUUCAAUUGAUGGUCCGCUUUAAAUUUAUUUUAUCUCAAAUACACGAUUACUGGUAAAGAAAAUCCAUAUUUGAUAAUAAAUACUUUUUCCAAAUGUUA